AUGCAGCAAUUGUUUCAGGCAUUGCAGGAGGCCAACAGGAAGAUUGCGGAGCUGAAGGCUGCUCCAAAGCCUGUGGGAAAUACGGCAGGAGUAGGAACACCGGUUCCACCUCUGCAGGCAAUAUCCAGAGAGCUGCACUCCCAGGAAUCUGCGCCCGUGUGUGUGGCCGAGAGUGCUGUACAAGGCCAGCCAAUCGCCAGGAGACAUGGGAUGCCUACUGCCACGAAUUUGAGGCUCUACAUCGAAGAAACCAGGGAUCGCAUGUGUAUGGAAGCUGAGGACCACGAGAUCAACUUCUACCCAUCGUUUGAGAAGAGGAUCUUGGUCUUGCAUGCGGUUAUAUCGGAAAACUAUGUGGUGUCACUGCUUCAGUUGAAGGAGGCCAUGCAGGACCAAAAGCGCAUUGACACUUUCAAGCGAGUAUGGACGCAAUGGAAGAAUGAGCGUGCAUUCUACAUCAAAAGGGCGGUGCUCGAGGCUUUGGGGGUGGCAGUUACCGGACUGCGUGCCUCGGAGUUACACAUCGAUGUGGAGCUGAAGUGCGACCUGUGGGACACCUACCGCCCUGUGCGAGCAGAGGAGGACCAGCAGUGGGGUGCCAUGGAAGCAGCAGUGGAGGGGACAACUGCUGAACCGGACCGGGGUGUGAUGUGGAGGAGAAUCAAUGGGGAGAGCAGCGUAGGCACGAAAGAAGGGGGAACAGCGGAGGCAUUGCAGCUGGGAGAGGCAAUAGGGGAUCUGCUUGGUGGCAGCAAUGUUGUGAUUCUGGGAGGAGCAUGA